GAUGAAGAAACGGUGCUUGUUGAUGAAGAGGAGCCUGACUCCACGGCGGGAGGUCGGUCGACUCCUCGGCGCCGGCGCCGGCGCUCCGCGGGAGGAGAAGAUAUGCAAAUAGCCCGGCUCUUGCAGCUGGAGGAGGUGGCGCAGGCAGGGGUUCUGCCACCCGAGCUCCUAGGGGCCUUGCCCAGGCCUUGCUUGGCUGGGCGCUGGCGAGAGUCGCCCAUGGAUCGCGCACUGCUUGCUGCUGCCUCCACGGGUGGAGCCUUGGCUGAGGCUGUGGCUCAGAGCGUUGACCGGCAAAGCGCCCGUGCCCACAGCGGAUGUCGCUUCGUUGUGACCUUGGCCGGCAGCACCAUGCUCUGCCGGGGCUGCCAUUCCGACAUCCUGCCUGGUUGCCUUAUGAUCCUCUGCAAGCGCGAUUUGUCCCAUCGAACUCAUCCAGCGCAUCCUGCCUGCCUGGCGCUGAUCCGAGGGCUAACCAGGCGGCCAUCUCGAGGCCAUGGGGACGUGCAGUUUGAUGCUGGUCUACAUCCUGCUGCCAGGUCGUCAGCCCUUGCCGCCAUCGAGCAGCUACCUGCAGAUGGUGGAUCUUCGUAUCCAGGGCCUCAUCAUUUGAGUCCACCCGCCUUUCCCGAUGCAGCCUUUCUAGAAGCAGCCGCCUUCAGCGAGGAGGCUGCGAGGCAUGCUCGUCCGACAGGACGCCGAGGCCCGCGACAUCGGCUGCAGAGCGAGCUCCAAGCAAGGCUACAGCAGGGCGGUGAUUUUACUGCGGAAGACUACGAGCUGCUCCUGCAAUUGGACGAGACUUCCACAAGCAGAGCAGACAGAGAUGAGGAGCAGUGUUUGCAGAAGAGUCUCAUUGCGGCCCUUCCCUUGUCAAAAGUAGCUGCUGGCAGCACCAUUGCUCAGUGCAUGAUCUGCCUGGAAAAUAUGGAGGUGGGAGCCAAGAUUAGAACCCUCCCAUGCAUGCAUGUCUUUCACCGCAAAUGCAUCGAUCGAUGGCUUUCCGAACCUGGGCGCAAACCUCGGUGUCCGAUCGAUCAGGCGGAAGUGCAGCUGGCCCCUGCCUGA